GCUCCUACCGGGCUCCGCGCUCGCGGGGCCGCGCGGCGCCGCCGAGAGCCCGGAGGGGCCCCGCGCCGUCUCCGGUUCCUGCCGGGCCCACGGAGUGCUCGGCGCGACCGAAAGCGGCACCCUCGGCCUCCAGAGCCAAAGGAGCGUUGAGGACCGUCGUGAGACGGGGCGCCUUUCUGAGGCGUUUGAGGAGAAACGGGGCAGCGCCGUACUCUUUGAGGGCGCCGAGCAGCUGUUUCCUGUCAGCGCCGCGCUCCCCGCCUCGCCGCUCUCCGGGCCCCGCUCUCACCCCGCGGCCGUUUCACCCCGCCGCAGGGUCCCGCCCGGCCAUGCCUGCCGCCUGCCCGCGUCCGCCGGCCCUUAAUUUGCGGCUCUGAAGAAGGGCAGCGGCUUCUCGGCUACUGCAGGCUGCUGUUUGGAGUGUGAAAAAAUGGAUUUGGCCAACCAUGGACUUAUUCUGCUGCAGCAGCUAAAUGCUCAGAGAGAGUUUGGUUUCCUGUGUGACUGCACGGUUGCUAUUGGUGAUGUCUACUUCAAGGCACAUAAAUCGGUUCUUGCUUCUUUCUCCAACUACUUCAAGAUGCUGUUUGUUCACCAAACCAGUGAAUGUGUCCGUUUGAAAGCAACCGACAUACAGCCAGAUAUCUUCAGUUAUCUCUUGCAUUUGAUGUACACUGGGAAGAUGGCACCACAGCUCAUUGACCCAGUUCGACUAGAGCAGGGAAUAAAGUUUCUGCAUGCAUAUCCACUAAUUCAGGAGGCCAGCCUUGCAAGUCAGGGAACUUUUUCUCACCCGGAUCAAGUUUUUCCAUUAGCAUCUUCAUUAUAUGGCAUUCAGAUUGCAGAUCACCAGAUCAGACAUCCCGCUAAGGUUACAUCGGCAGCUGACAAACUCGGGCGAGAACCAAGGCCACAGACUUCCCGGAUGACCCAAGAACCGGUUUCAGAAGGCUCACAGCUCUCACAGUUACCUACAACUCUGCCACAAGUGAGCAGGACAAAUAUGGCCACUUCCGACCAAUUGCCAUCAUCUUUGUCUCCAGAACUGGUAUCUGCUGCUGGUAAUAAUUCACCUGCAGGAGAGGAAGCCAACAUGGAAGCAUCUUCUUCAGAUGAACAGCCUGCUUCACUCACGAUAGCACACGUCAAGCCAAGCAUUAUGAAAAGGAACGGAAGCUUCCCAAAGUACUAUGCCUGCCACCUCUGCGGUCGCCGGUUCAAUUUACGAAGUAGCUUGCGCGAACACUUGCAGAUCCACACGGGAGUUCCCUUCACCUCUAGCCAGCAGGGAGAAAGUAAUGUUUCUUUGUCGCUCUGUAACAACACAGCUGAGAAGGAUGCUAUGGAAGUGCCUGAAGCUGGGAUGAUUAGUGACAGCGAGCUGCAGCAGAUCUCAGACUCUCCAAUAAUCGAUGGGCAGCAGCAAUCGGAGACACCUCCCCCCUCGGAUAUUGCAGACAUAGACAACUUGGAGCAGGCAGAUCAAGAGAGGGAAGUAAAAAGACGGAAAUAUGAAUGUUCCAUCUGCGGUCGUAAAUUUAUUCAGAAAAGCCACUGGAGGGAGCACAUGUACAUACACACUGGCAAACCCUUCAAGUGCAGCACUUGCGACAAAAGCUUUUGUAGGGCUAACCAGGCUGCCAGACAUGUGUGCCUAAACCAGAGCAUGGACACGUACACGAUGGUGGACAAACAGACUCUGGAGCUCUGUACUUUUGAGGAAGGCAGUCAAAUGGACAACAUGCUAGUACAGACCAACAAGCCCUACAAAUGUAACUUGUGUGACAAAACAUUUUCGACUCCCAAUGAAGUAGUCAAACAUUCGUGCCAAAAUCAAAACUCUGUCUUCACACUAGAAGAAGAUCGCUCCAUUCUGCUAGGUGGUGGGGACACGGAAGCCACAGAGACUGAUAAUGCAGUGUUAGCCUCCAUCAAAAAGGAGCAGGAAGCAGUGUUGUUAGACUGAAUGUGAAAUCUAUAUCAAUUUUUUAAAGUUUCUUUACUCAUUUUUAUUAAAUCAAUUUUUUCUUCCCCCUGCCUCUUUCCUCACUUACCCCUGCCAUCUCUUCCACCAACUUUCCCACCCUUUGUCUUCAGCAACCAGAACUGUACUGGCACAUUAGGAAAUUGGACUUUGCCUCUCCCACCAAAACAAAAACGCUCUUGCAUCAAACCACAACAUAAUUGAUUUUAAUACAAAGGAACACGUGAAAAAUAAUCCAGCUAACUAUGUUGAUAGUAUUAGUUAAUCCAAAUUUAAUAGAUUUUAAAUGAAAUUUAGAUCACUUGAAAGUGUAUUUAGAUACAAUGAUGACUUGAUGACUGUAAUGAGAAACAGAGUAUCGGCUUGGUAAGCAAGGAAUAUAUAUAUCUAUAUCUAUAUUAGUUUCCCUGGUAAAAGACGUUUUGAGAAGAUCUGGCUAUUUAAACACCAUGCUUUUUAGAACUCCACAUGCAAGUCGAUUCAGAUUAUAACUUUAAAAGCCUCAGAAUUUUUCCUCAUUGAAGUGAAUGCAAAAAGUUGUCAGUUGGGUUAAAAAGAGCUGAGAGUACUGAGUUUCUUUUAGCCUUAUAUUUUCCUUCAAGUAUGCCUUUGGGGUAUCUGUUUCAGAUAGCAUGAUUGAUUCAAGCAAAGUAGUUACUUAGUCAGAUUUUGACUUAAGUAGCUGUAAUAAUAACGUGAUGGCAAUCUUUAUAUAUAUAUAUAUAUAAACUAUCGUAUAUGUAUAAAGAUUUAUAUAUAUAUGGAAAGUGUUUGUGUGUAUAUUUGGUACAGGUAAAUAAAUGCACACAUCUUUUUUUAAGCAACUGGCCGUCUGCUCUCCAGUUCAAACUGGAAAGUAUUUUAGUUGUUUGACUAAAGUAGUCAUUGCACAGGUUUAAAUCAAAUGGGAAACGUCCUGAGCUGUGUGCAUUUUUAUUGGCCUGUAGAACAGAAGCUGUUGGAUAAGUGUCGUCACCCAAGAUACAAAGGAAACCAGAGAAGCGACAUCCUGGUGGGCACUGUACCCUCAUCAGUGCAGCACAUGCAUGUGUUGUUAGGUAUAGUUUUGAGUCAUUCCCGAUGAGAGGAGAGAGAAAAACUUCAUUGCCUUACUCAGGCAAGGAAAGUCCAUGGUUUCGUUUGAUAUGAUUGCAUGAGAUAAGAAGAAGUGGUUACAGAGAUGUUCUAGCAAUGGGGGAUCAUGGUUGUUUUAAAGCAAACCCAUAGUGUUGACUGGCAAAUUCUGCUCUUUGAGAGUCCCGUUAUUUUCAAAGCCAAGACAAAGUCUGCAAAAACUGAAAGGAUGAAUUAUGUAAUUUUAGUUACUGAUAAUGAUAGCACUGCGUCUUUGUGUUAAAAAUCAAGUUGUUGAUUCUUAUUAUUUUAUAUGAAAUGCCCAGAUGUUUUGCUGGUAGCAUAAAAGAAACAAAACUGACAGCAGCAACGGAGUCCACCUAGCAAAUACUGGGCCAGCAGAAGGUUGAAGCGGACAGAACAAAGUGCCCCGUGGUAAAUGGAGGCACUGUGCUUUGGGGGGGAGGGGUGGGAGAGGGCAAGUCACAAACCACAGCUCUUCUCUGUGUAUACAUUUAAACUGAAUAUCAUUUUGUGUAUAGUUAAGUUCUCAGAUUUGUAAGUUUUUAUACAUCAUUUCAUUGAAUAAAAACUGAAUUAAAUGGAAUGUGAUUUA